CGUCUGGUAACCAAGAUUUUCAUAAAAUUUCACGAGAAUCAUGCUGCAGAAAUAAACGUUAAGAACUUUAUAAAAGCCAGUUCUAGAGUGGCUUUGAUAUGGUGAAAGAGAAAAUUAAUUCGGUCAGAACGUAUGACGAGGACGGAUAUCGUCGAAGAGCAGCUUGUUUGUGUUUUAAAGACGAAUCUGAGCAAGAGAUAUUGUUGGUAAGCAGCAGCAAACAUAAGGACAAAUGGGUGGUGCCAGGUGGGGGGAUUGAACCAUUGGAGGAGCCAACUCUUGCAGCUGUCAGAGAAGCCUUGGAGGAGGCAGGUGCCAAAGGUCAUCUUGGGAGGAAAAUAGGAGACUUUGAGAACAAAGAAAAGAAGCACAGGACCAGUUUAUAUGCAUUUACAGUGACAGAUCUGUUAGAUGAAUGGGAAGAUGGACAAAUCAUGGGGCGACAGAGACAGUGGUUUAGUAUAAUCGAGGCGAAGGAUCAUCUGGCACAUAAACCAGUACAAGUUACCUACCUUGACGUGCUCCCUAAAGAUCUCAACGGUGUUGUCAAACGGUGAAAGAUGAUGGUGAGGCUUCCACAGGGGGCUGUAUCUUCAUUUGAGGACCUAGAAAGGAUCUCUAUGUUCAUUUAUUACCGCAAAGUUGCCACUGCACAGAAUAUUUUGUGAUGAAUUUUGUGACAAUGAUCUUAUGAAAUCCUUCUGUAUCAUAGUAAUGAGAGAGCUGUCAUAAGUUUGAAAGAAUUUUUUUUUUACAUUCGUACUAGUUUAUUAGGCGAAGCACCAUUGUUUUACAGUAUGUUUUUGAAAAUUUCAACUGACAUAAAAAAGAUACAUUUAAAUUAUGCAUAAUUACGAUAUUUUUGGUUCAUAUUAUCAUUACAAAUUGUUGUAACUUUUCAGAAAACUAUGACAAAUCCUUUACUGACUAUAAGAAAAAGGAAAUAUAGGCUAA